GAUUUCGCAUUUUGCUUCUCCCUUUACCAACCCGGGCUGGGUCCAUGGAAAUACAUGCAGAACAAUACCACAGCCGUGAUUUAGGCUCGUAUUGUUAAAAAUGGUCCGUUUUAAUUCAUUUUAGUUAGGAAUUUAUUCUGUAAAACACAAUUUAUCGGUCGGCGUCCUCAAUUAGACAAAUAUGUCGGGAGCGGCCGCCGGAGGGGCGCAGUCUUGCAUCAGCGCAGCCGCUGCCAGUUGUAGCUCUGCCGGGAACUCAUUCGUCGCAGCCGGUGGAGGUGUGGGAAUAGCAGGCAGGCUACCCAGUCGGGUUCUUGAGCAUGUGUUCUCUUAUUUAGAUUUGUAUGAUCUAAUGCGGUGCUCGUUGGUGUGCUGGCAUUGGAACAACUGUCUAGCCGACGAGAACAGCGAGGUGUGGCGGAGUCUGUGCGCUCGCUCUCUCAGCGAAGAGGCACUGCGCUCCGACAUUCUCUGCAAUCUGCCAACCCACAAGGGAAAGCUCAAGUCCUACCAGCACGCUCUGAGUUCCCACGACUGUUCACGUAACGUCUACGUGAAGAAGAACGGCUUCACCCUUCACCGCAACCCCAUCGCCCAGAGCACCGACGGAGCCCGCGGCAAGAUCGGCUUCUCUGAGGGCCGCCACGCCUGGGAGAUCUGGUGGGAGGGGCCCCUAGGGACCGUGGCGGUGAUCGGCAUUGCCACCAAGCGUGCUGCCAUGCAAUGCCAGGGCUACGUGGCCCUCCUGGGUACUGACGACCAAAGCUGGGGCUGGAACCUGGUGGACAACAACCUGCUCCACAAUGGGGAGGUGAAUGGGAACUUUCCCCAGUGCAACAACGCUCCCAAAUACCAGUGUAAUGGUGUGCGUCCACAGAUCGGGGAGAGGAUACGCGUAAUCCUGGAUAUGGAUAACAAAACCCUGGCCUUCGAGAGAGGCUUUGAGUUCCUGGGAGUGGCCUUCCGAGGGCUUCCGAAAGCCUGCCUCUUCCCGGCCGUCUCAGCUGUCUACGGCAACACUGAGGUGACCAUGGUCUACCUGGGCAAGCCUCUGGAUGGGUAGCACUGCCACAAGAGCAGCCGGUGCCAUGUCAGGUGUGCCAAGGAUAAUGACUGUUGGUUGGCACCUGAGAAGACUCUCAGCUAACAUUCCACAACCACUGGGGUGGAACCUAAAAUCAAAAUGGAUGCUAGUGAUCAUUGACGGACAAGCGGGGAGGUGGGUGUGUGGACUAGAGGUUGUUUCAAAAGGGUUUUCUGUCUCAACAUGGAUGUUCUAUCCACUAGCUGCUGGACCAUUUUAUUUACAGUAUGGGAGGACUUGACUUAUUAUUUUUUAAAUGUUAUUUUAUGAAGUAACAAUACUGCUGAAUUCCGUACAUGCGGUUGGUUUGUAUGUCUGUUCCUAUGAGGCCAAACCAAAAUAUGAACUGUGGCAAAUAUGUAAAGAAAACCCUCAUCGUAUGAUAGAGGAACAAGUCAUCAUCGUGAGAAUAUUGUCGAUGUGGAAAUGUGAAGCUGUAACAUUUCUAGAGCACAACUGUAACUGCCGUGAGGGGGAACGUGGAGUGAUUGACUUUUGACCCUUUCAGAGGACUACAUGCAGUAUGGAACAUUUUUUUUUUUUUUUUGCCAACUGACCAUUAAAGCCAGGAAAGAAGGCUUCAGUAGCAAAGCUAGCUGGUCAUGCGCAUGUGUUGCAGUAUAACUGAAACGUCUCCUCUCUUCAGAUGCGUUGUAUAGGAAGAGCAGAAGUCCGGGGACUACAUUACCCUUUGUGCAUCCAUUUGAAUUGUGGUGGUAUUAGUCCUAGUGUUUCAUGAUAAGUAUUUAUAGGUUUUAAUCCGUGGUACUAUUGAAGAGGUCAUGGAAGCUUCAAAUAAAGAUGAUCUGUUGCCAGUCU